UACAGUUCUAAAGGUGUCGCACCGCAUCCAUCGCGUGAUACAACUGCUGCAGGAGAUUGUCUGAGCGAAUCAACUUCAUACAAACAGCAACGAUGGCAUCGAGUUGGAUUCUUGCUGUGCUUGUGGUCACCAUACUGUGCCAACUCUCCUCAUGUCACCCUGUCAGUGGCGGAUCUGGACCAACCCGUGUAGGACACUCAUUUUCUUCAGCACCAUGCAGCCCAGAGGCCUUAGGGCUCGAAGACAGAAGAAUCCCUGAUAGCAGCAUGACGGCAUCGUCCGUCCAUCGUAAUGGCCAUCUACCAAGCCACGCUCGACUUAAUGUAGGAAGCCAAGGAUGGAUACCAAGCACUCCAGCAGAUCAGUGGAUUCAGGUUGACCUGGGUAAACCCACGGUGGUUACCGGGCUCACCAUGCAAGGAUACGCCACAGGAACCGUUCAUUAUGUCACGGCAUUUUCAGUCCAGCACAGCCUCACAGCCGAGUCAGAUGACUGGGAGAGUUUAGCCAAUGCCGACGGUGGAGCAAUCAGAUUCACCUUGAGCAGUGGUCGGCCGACCAAUAUCACCUUUCCUGUGGUACCCAUAGCAAGGUUUAUUCGCAUACUACCUCUGGCCUGGACUCAUGCAACUUAAUACAGAGUGAGGUUUGAGCUAUUCGGGUGCCAAGUCCCGGAUGGUUAUGUGAGGUUGGUGAAUGGCACUGAUGCUUCUCGUGGCCGAGUGGAAAUCUACCACCACGAUACAGGAUCCUGGGGAUCGGUGUGCGCUAAUGACUGGGGGAUAAACGACGCAAUCACGGUGUGCCGUCAGCUGGACCUCGGUGCUGCAAUCCAGGCCAACACAGCCUCAGAAUACGGGAGAGGCGAUCUGCCGAUCAUGAUGAGCCGAGUCGCCUGUGAGGGGACGGAGAGCCGACUGGUCGACUGCCCGUUUGUCUGCACCAACUACCAGCAGUGUGAAAGCUCAAACGUUGCCGGAGUAUUUUGCUACCCAAAAAAUACUCUUCGGUUGGAGGGAGGUUCCAAUGAAUUCAGUGGCCGGGUGGAGAUCUUCCGAAACUACACGUGGGGAACGAUCUGCGACCGUGGCUGGGACGCCACGGAUGGCGGGGUGGUCUGCCGACAACUCGGGUACAGCGGCGCCGUGGAAGCCAAGUCCGGAGCGCACUACGGGGAAGGAAGCGGCCUCAUUCAUAUGGAGGGCGUGGCCUGUACUGGCUCAGAGGAGGGACUCGCUAACUGUCCGUCCCUCUGCUGGACAGCAUCCACCUGCAGCCACAGCCGAGAUGCCGGGGUCAUCUGCAGUGUCGAAACCAGUGGUUCUGAAGAAACCAACCCUGAGUGAUGUGACUAUUGACAACUGGCUUCAUGCAGUGCCUGCGAUAGCCCUGCUUAUAGGCCUAUAUGGCAUACGCUUGGUGUAAAGGUUACUCCGUUGUGUAUUAAAUGUAUCACUUAAUUCGUAGCGUAAUCACC